AUGGUGGCAGAUACUCCUUUGGUGGAAGAGUUAUUGAAAAGACCUCUAUAUGUAUAUGAUCUUCCUCAGGAACUUCUUUCGACUUUAACCGCCAAGGGCGAGGACCAAUCCAUAACUGUCGGAGAUACUGUCGAACCCUCAAGAGAACCGCUCGAUCCGUCGACGCUAGACCCGGUGAUCGCUACCUCCACAUCUUGCGCACUUUGCAAAGUCUCCUUCUUGAAUGUACAAGAACAACGGGAGCACGUUCGGUCGGACCACCACAGAUUCAACGUCAAGGCGCAAUCUCGAGGCAAGCCUACUUUAGAUGAGGCACAAUUUGCUAGAGCGGUUGGAGAUCUGGAUGAGUCGAUAUCUGGCUCCGAGUCGUCAGAGGAGGAAGACGAUGAAGAAGACGGGCAGCUCUCGGCCUUGCUGAAAAGGCAGGCCAGGAUAGCCCAGGCAGCUGAAGAGGCGGAGGAGUCAGCAAGCAAGAAGCCGGCAACCAGGAACCCUCUUUACUGGUUUUCAAGCUCUCUGUUACCAUCCAACACAUCACUCGGUGUCUAUAGAGCUUUGUUCUCGAAUGACGAACAAGAUGAGCCGAAACACCUUGUUGAUUCGUUGCGGAAGAAGCAACUAUCGCCGCUACCGACACAAAGACCGAAUGCACGACCACAAACGAAUGGAACCACGCCCAGUCCGCAUAUCUUCAUGUGCAUGAUAGGAGGUGGCCAUUUCGCUGCCAUGUUGGUCUCUCUGGCCCCGGAGAUUCAUCGCAAACAAGGUGGCGUUGAGGAGCGGCAGGCCCGCGUCAUCGCGCACAAGUCAUUCCACCGCUAUACAACGAGACGGAAGCAGGGUGGCUCUCAGUCUGCUAGUGACGCCGCUCGAGGAGCCGCACAUUCGGCUGGUUCCAGCCUUCGAAGGUAUAACGAGGCUGCUUUGGAGAAGGAGAUCAGAGAGCUCCUGAGAGACUGGAAGGAGAUGAUCGAUAGUGCGCAACUGCUGUUCAUCCGAGCGACCGGCAAUACCAACCGAAAGAUCCUACUUGGUCAGUAUGAGGGUCAAUUUCUAAAACAGAAUGAUCCCAGAAUAAGAGGGUUCCCAUUCAGUACUCGUCGAGCCACGCAAGACGAGCUUAUGAGAUGCUUCAAAGAACUCACUCGCGUCAAAGUAAGCCAGAUCGAUGAAGCAGCCCUUGCAGCAGCAGAGGCAAAACAAAGGGCAGAAGCUGUCAAGCCUCCAACACCACGGCCGCAGCAGCAAAGGCCCAAAGUGUCGAAGGAGGAGGAGGAAGCUAUGUUGCAUACAUCGCAGAUCCAAGCCCUAAUUCGACGGUCCAAAGUACCAGCUUUGAUGUCCUAUCUCUCCAAAAACUCUAUACCCUCAUCUUUCGCGUUCCGUCCACCAGAUUCUUCGCAAAAUUUCCGCUGUCCUACUCCCUUGCAUUUCGCAGCAAAUUUGAACUCCCCGUCGGUAGUCUCGGCCCUCCUUACAAAGGCCGAGGCUGAUCCAACGAUUGUCAACGGUGAAGGAAGGACUGCUUUCGAGCUUGCUGGUGACCGAGCUACCCGUGAUGCAUUCCGCGUUGCGCGUCAUGAACUGGGAGAGUCCAAAUGGAACUGGGACGCAGCCAAGGUCCCAGCGGCGGUAUCCAAGGAGGAAGUUGAUAGUCGCGCAGAAAGGGAGCGGAAAGCUGCAGAAGAGGAAGAGGCAAAGAGGCGCAAGACCGAAUUAGAGCGGUUAAAGAAGGAGGAAGCUGCUAGAGCAGCCUCGCUGCAAGAAUCAAGAAAAGCGGGAGGCCGAGCAUUAGGAGCGAUGGAAAAGACAGCAUCUGAAAAGAGGGAAGAAGAAAUGAGGGGAAUGACACCGGAGAUGAGGAUGAGACUGGAGCGAGAGCGUCGCGCUAGAGCAGCGGAAGAACGCAUUCGAAGAAUGCAGGGAAAGUAA